AUUGUUACUGUUGUUUUAAAUUUAGCUGCUAAGGUUUAGUUGUUUGGGUUUUUCAUUUUCAUAUCUCUUAUUCCUUUUCUCUAUACUCUUCCCAAGAGUUGCGUGUUUGUUGGAGGUGUGUGUGGGGGUGAGCAGUCUCCCUCCCUCCGCCCCCGCCAACCCGCACCUCCCCACCUCCCAGCGGCCCCUCACUCGCCUACGGCCAGCGGGGAGCGAGGCAGCGCAGAGUUGUUCUUAAAGUGGGUGGAGAAGCAGUUGGGGGUAAGGAAAGUGACUAGUCCUGGAGCCUGGUCUUAGCCUCCGGCUUGCGAAGUUUCCGCUCCUUUCAGUCUUCACUCUGGGCUCGGAGGAGAAACGAAAGCUAUUUGUUUUGUUUUGUUUUUUCUUUUCCUUCUCUGGCCUUCAGUAGACAGCGCCACCCCUGCACCCCACCCCUCCCCAUCCCACUCAACCCCCGGCUGCCGGCGCCGUAGCGGAGGCAGCGGCCAGCGAGCGAGGAUGUUCGCGGCGGGGCUGGCUCCCUUCUACGCCUCCAACUUCAGCCUCUGGUCGGCGGCUUACUGUUCCCCGGCCGGCGCAGCAGGCUGCUCCUUCUCCCUGGAUCCAGCCGCGGUCAAGAAACCCUCCUUUUGCAUUGCAGACAUCCUGCACGCGGGUGUGGGGGAGCCGGGGGCAGCGGCUGAGAGUCCCCUCUCUGGGGGCUCUUCCACAGCCCUCACAGCUCACUUGGGUUCGGUUCACCCCCACGCUCCAUUUCAAGCUGCCGCUGGAUCCCCUUUGCGACCCACUCCAGUGGUGGCGCCCCCCGAAGUCCCAGCCGCUUUCUCCCAGAGGUUGUCUCCGCUCUCAGCUGCCUAUCACCACCACCAUCAUCACCAGCAGACUCAGCAGCAGCAGCAACCUCAGCAGCAACAGCAACAACCCCAGGCGCCGCCGCCGCCACCGGCAGCACAUCGGCCUGGGGCCAUCCAGCCCCAAGCCCCCGGGGCGAGGCUGCUGGUUAACUCCCAUCACCAUAACGGUUCAACUCCAGCCCCCUCCAGCAAGGACCUCAAGUUUGGUAUUGACCGAAUUUUGUCGGCGGAGUUCGAUCCCAAAGUGAAGGAAGGCAACACAUUGAGAGAUCUUACCUCCUUACUAACUACGGGCCGGCAAACUGGGCUUCACCUUCCCGCUUUGCAGCCUUCUGCGGGCCACUUCUUCGCGUCUCUAGAUCCUAUUAACGAGGCCUCUGGUAUCCUGAGUCCCUUAAACUCAAACCCGAGAAGUUCAGUUCAGCACCAGUUUCAAGACACUUUUCCAGGUCCCUAUGCAGUUCUGACGAAGGACACCAUGCCACAAACAUACAAGAGGAAGCGUUCUUGGUCUCGCGCGGUUUUUUCCAACCUGCAGAGGAAAGGUUUGGAGAAAAGGUUUGAGAUUCAGAAGUAUGUCACGAAGCCAGAUAGAAAGCAGCUAGCCGCGAUGCUGGGCCUGACAGAUGCACAGGUGAAGGUGUGGUUCCAAAACAGGAGAAUGAAGUGGCGCCAUUCCAAGGAAGCCCAGGCCCAAAAAGACAAAGAGAAGGACCCGACUGAGAAGCAGCCAGGAGUUGCUCCGAUUACGGAAUGCGAGAGAGAAGACAGGAGCCCCAGCCGGUCGGAAGGGGAUAGCGAGAGCAGCGAUUCGGAGUCCCUGGACAUGGUCCCCAGCGACACGGAAAGGACUGAGGGGACUGAGCAGCUAUUACACCAGACCAGCGUUAUUAAGUCCUCAUCUUCUUCCUCUUCCACUUCCUCAUCCUCUUCCACCAGCCUCAACACCACAACCACCACGACCACCGCCACGAGUAACGGCGGAGGCGGCGGCGGCAGCGGCAGCGGCGGCGGCGGCAGCAGCAACAGCAACAGCAUCAGCAGCAACAGCAGUAACAGCGUGAACAGCAGCUGCAGCCCAGAGCUACAGACGCCGCUGCCUCUCCACUGCCCGGCUAACGAAAGCGCAGAGCCCGCUCCGCUUGGCGGCCUAUAGGCCGGCUGGCAGCUAGUCCGCUGGCAGAAGGGAGAGGUGCAUGGCGUGGAGGGUGGAGGGAUCCUUUUUGUGAACUCCCUGGCAUGUGGGCCUUUCUUGCUAAUUUAUAUCAUGGACCACUACAGGACCACAAGGACGCAGGCAAUGGCGGAGCCCCUUUCUGUAUAUAUGCUCUCUGCUUUAUGUGACUCUCACUAACUACCCCGGAGCUUUCUCCUUAUACUAAAAGGGACUCUCAGAUAUUGAUUGGUAUUUUUCCCUCCAACAUGAUCCAAUGCUUACUCGACCCAAACAAGCCUUAAAAAAUUUUUUUUGGGGGUAAAGGGGAUUGGAGAAGGGAGGCGGGAAGAAACACUGCGAAGUGUUUGACAAAACUGUCUCUCCUCCCCUCCCCCCUCCCCACCAAGUGGUCGCGUUGCUUUCUGUAUUCUGGCCCAGCACUUGCUGCACUGGGAACGACUCAGUCCUGUAAAUAAAAAUGUUUAUUACGGUUUGUAAA